AUGACCUACUUUAAAAGUGUGGGAUUCGAUACUCGGAAUGUAAAUUUGAGUUAUAAAACUAUUCAACGACAGCGUAUAAUUCAUCGGAAAGAAAUUGCUAAAGGCUUAAAAGAAGACUUAAAAUUCAAUGACAAUUAUGUGGUCCAUUGGGAUGGUAAACUGCUAAGUGAUAUUGUUGGGACAGAAACAGUAGAUAGGCUUCCGGUGCUUUUAACAUCGUCUGGCAGUGAACAGCUAUUGGGUAUUCCAAAAAUUAAUUCAGGAUCUGGGAUUGAGCAAGCUUUAGCUGUAUACUCAACUAUGGAGCAAUGGGGUGUCAGUAAUUACAUAAAAGCGAUAUGCUUUGAUACUGCAGCAACCAAUACGGGAAUUCAUCAUGGCGCUGGCGUAGAGGCUUGA